ACGUUCUUCCUUUCUGUCCGCUGGACUGAAUUCAGCUAGACCACACAAGCUAGUACUACAGCGUGCAGCGUUCUUAUCUUUAAAUACGGCUCCGCACCUCACGGCGUGUACGUCGCCGAGCCAAUCAUCCUCAGCACGGGUUAAUAUUAAGUGGCGUGACUUCCUGCUAUCAAUAUUAGACAGCCUUGUGCUUCAGCCUCUAGCUCUCAAGCCGACAUAUAACUAGCGCUUAAAGUUCUUCAUCGCAACACUUGUCUGCAUUAGGGUUGGCUCCGAAUCCUCAACAUUCUCGACUGUACAGUACGGAGGAUAUAGAUUCGCCAUUUCCGUUAGCGUGGAAAUCUCGUGACGCCGCUCUGCGAUCGCCGUACGGGAGAGGCAGGAUGGAGAAUAAGUCCCGCGGCGUAACCGCGAGUCGCGCUCUCCGUUUGUUCGUGUCGCUCAUCGUGUACGUCAGCGGCGUCGCCGGGCAGUUGCUGACAGACGAUCAAGUGAAUCUGCUUCUGGCGUUCAAGGCGGCGGCGGGGCUGACGGACAAGAACUGGAAUAUUUCGUCUCCGCGGAACUGCACCAUGUGGAGCCGAAUCAAGUGCAAUGCGACGACGGGCGAAAUCACGACCAUGUACAUUGACGAUGGGUCCAUCGCAGCCCUUCCUGACAUUGUAACGAAAUUCACUGCUGUCACGUACCUGAGCAUCACUCGUUCAAAAGCUCCCUCAACUAUCGAAGAGAAGCUGUCAGCCAUCAAGACAAUGACUCAGCUGCGAUACCUGAGCCUCGGAUCCAACUGGUUCUACUCCACUAUUCCCGAGUGGCUGGUCCAACUGCCCCAGCUCCGCUACCUCCAUCUGCCCUACAAUUUCCUCACGGGCCCUAUUCCCCCCAUCACGGCGCCUCUCAACUCUUUUGACGUCACCAGCAACCUUCUCUCAGGGACCUUCCCCCCGCGCAAGUCGCCCAUCAAAGCCUGCCUCUCCGCAGGCAACUGCCUGGACGACGCGUCCGCGUGUGCAGUGGGCGCGGGGCAGCAGAGGGCGGACGUGGGGGACGAGUACUGCGGGGCGGUGACCGGGGAUAUCUGCCGGCCGGCGCCUGAGGCGGGGCAGACGUGGAAGGACCAGGUGGCUCUACGAUGCUCGUCCACGACCUUCAUAGCAGCUACAGAUGCUCUUGACGCCCCCAUGGAAGCACCCGAAGAUACGCCGACCGACGCGCCUGUUACGGACAUGUCUGACAGCACAUCUGAUGGCACAUCUGGUAGUGCAGAUGGCUCGACAGGCAACACGGAUGUUACAACACCACCGGAGAAGAAAUUCACCCAGCCUGUGAAGCAGAACGGGCCCAAGGGUAAGAAGGGUGGUGGCAAGGGAUGCUCGUGCAAGAAGAAUGUGUGCAAGGCGAGCGAGGUGUGCGUCAACCUGUCUGUUGGCAAACGGUGCAACGUCAAGUGCAUGAAGAACCUCUUCAAAUUCAAGAAGAUGUAGAUUAUUAUCCGGAAGUAGAGGUUUCUUUUUACGAGAAUGGGAUGGGAAUUUUUUAGGGGCAGGGUUAUAUUGAGAAACGUAAUUUGUACCAUACAUAUUUCGUUGUAAAAAAAUUAUACU